AUGCUGGGAAAGGGUGGUUUGCGCUGCAACGUUGCUUCGCGGCGUCUACUUUCACAAAGUAACAGGCAUUGCCAAGGUAAUCCGAGAUCGCCGUUGCAAAUUUUCCGGGAAACGUUCAAACAGGAAUGGGAGAAGUCAAAAGAGUUGCAAGACAAUAUCAAGACCCUUCAAGACGCUUCGGGCAAAAUAGGUGAAUCUGACGCUUAUAGAAGAGCGCGGGAGGCGUAUUUAGGUGCUCAAAAGGGCUCCACUAUUGUGGGGAAGACGUUGAAGCGGACUGGUGAGUCAAUGGAAAACAUCGCAUUGAAGGCAUGGGAAUCUGAUCUGAGCAAAUCGACGCGAACCGCGGUGAAUAAGACGGCGCAGCGAUUGGAUGAGUCUUUUGAACCCGUGAGACAUACACGGGUUUAUAGAGAUGUGUCAGAAGUGAUGGAGUCUGAAAACAGUUCUCGGUACGGUGGAUUUAUUUCGAAAGAGGCGAGAAGACUCAAAAGAGAGCAAGACAUUGCGUCCGGUAAAAGACCCAAGGCGGUGAAAGUUGACGAUGAAGCCGGAACCGCUCUUGUGGCUACGGACGUCGAAGCAAAGGAAUCUUUUAGCAGAAAAGUCGAAGAUUUCAAAGAAAAAACCGUCUUCGGUCGGAAACUACAAGAGGUCAAAACGAAAUUGUGGGAUGACAGUGAAAAUCCUUUGAUUGUCUUGCUAAGAACCAUUAGUGGCAAAAUUGGGGGUCUUUUCGCCGAAACUGAGUCAGCCCGUGUCAUGGCUCAAUUUAAAUUGAUGGAUGCGACUUUCAAUACAGAGUCCUUCACCAAGCAUAUGCGCGAGUACAUCGUUCCAGAAGUGCUUGAAGCCUACGUAAAGGGCGACGAGGCCGUUUUAAAACAAUGGUUCAGCGAGGCGCCUUACAACGUUUACGCUGCCCAGCAGAAAAUUUUCCGCGAACAAGGUCUUUUCUCAGACGGCCGUAUUCUAGACAUUAGAGGCGUCGAUAUCGUGAGUGCAAAGCUUUUACCACCACAAGAUUUGCCCGUCAUUGUCGUAGGAUGUAGGGCCCAAGAGAUUCACCUCUACCGGAAGGCCAAGACAGGCGAAAUAGCUGCUGGCACCGAAUCCAAUAUUGUGAUGAGCUCUUAUGCGAUGGUAUUGACAAGAGACCCCGAAAAGGUAGACGACAAAGAGACAGAAGGAUGGAAAAUUCUUGAAUUUGUGCGCGGUGGAUCUCGCCAGUUCACUUGA